CGACUUGUCAGUCGACUACAAAUCUCGGAGGUAGCAGUGGGACCAUAAGAGGACCGGGAUACCCUGGCAAUUACCCAAACAACGCCGUGUACUGUUGGCGUAUUUACGUUCCAUUGAAUUAUGUGGUUAGACUCAAUAUUAGUACGCUCAACAUGGAGGUCUGUACCGGAUGCAAUUGUGACUCAAUCGAGGUGUUCAAUGGUUACUCCGAAUCAUCAUCAAGGAUUGGAAAAAUCUGUUCUAAAAGUUUGCUCGCAAAUUCUUCUGGGCAGUAUCUUUUUGUGAAGUUUACAUCAGAUGCCACAGGGACAGGGACGGCCUUCACAGCGUCAUAUUACAGACUGGCUAAAG